CCUCUGAGGGCGGGACGGGAGCGGGCCGGGCCGGAGCCGCCGCUCCGAGGGCUGCGGGCGGGCUGUGGAGGCUCGGCCAUGGGCGAUUUCCAGAUCUCGGUGGAGGAGCUGAACGACCUCCUGUCUAACGAGAGCGGCUGCUACAGCCUGCCCAGCGCGCACAGCAACGAGGUGGUGCCGCGCAUCCACGUGGGGAACGCGUUCAUAGCCAAGAACAUUCCGAGGCUGCAGCAUCUGGGGAUAACCCAUGUUCUGAAUGCAGCAGAGGGGAAAUCCUUCAUGCAUGUGAACACUAAUGCAGAGUUCUAUGAAGGCACAGGCAUCAGAUACCAUGGCAUCAAAGCCAAUGACACCCAGGAGUUUAACCUCAGCCGCUAUUUUGAGGAGGCAGCUGAUUUUAUUGACAAAGCCCUUUCCCAGAAGGAUGGCCGGGUGCUGGUGCACUGCCGGGAGGGCUACAGCCGCUCGCCCACGCUGGUCAUCGCCUACCUGAUGCUGCGGCAGCGGCUGGACGUGCGCGCCGCGCUCUGCGCCGUGCGCCAGCGCCGCGAGAUCGGCCCCAACGACGGCUUCCUGCGGCAGCUCUGCCAGCUCAACCAGCGCCUGCUCGCCGAGGGCAAGCUCACGGCAUAGACUGCAGCACUGCAGCCUUCAUACUGACGUUUUGCAAGCCUUUAGAGACCCAAAAUUGCAAGCACCAGGCUAAAGCGAAACAGAAUUGCUGCUUGUGUCGUGAAAGUGUCCUUGAACUCUGUGGCUGUCUUUCAGGGUGGUACCAAAUUGUGUCACUGUUUGGAGCUGUUGCCAUGAAGAGGAGUUUCUAGAGAGAUAACUCCAGUGAUAACAGCUGUCUUCACACUUAUUUCAGACUCCAUAGCAUAUGCGGUUUGCAUUGACAUUGAAUGUGAUUCAUUUAAGCUUUGUGUUUAAUCUCACCACAGCACCAGUUCCUGAAAGCCCCAACAUAUCUCUUCACUCACUCUUAAUAGGAGCACUGUAAUUUCUAAAGCUUCUAUUUCAUGCACACACGUGCCUCAAGUUUGAAUGUAGGAGCUUCAGGGAAUAGGAAGCACAUAGACAAGUGCACAGAUGUAUUCACUUGGAAAAUGAAGUGCUUGCAGUGUUUGUGUGGAUUUAUGCAACACACAGUGUGAUAGUAAAGCCAUCCAGAGCCCAUGCUUGAUGCACAUUGUGUUUCCAAGAAUAGUUUUUUAUCUCUUGCUGUUACAAUGGACAUGAAAUUGUCUAUUAUUAAAUGCUCUUUUAUUUUUAUUUCAAAAUCAUGCUAGAAAAAAAUGUCAAGAGCAAAUGCUGAGGGAAGAACUUGAACAAGGAAGAAAUAAUAUUAGUAUUUAGAAGUGCUUGUGGUGGAUGUAUAAUUAAGUCCUAAGUAUCCUAUAUAUUGGCUUUCAAAACUUAUAUGGAAUUACAGUGGUUUUAUCCUAUCUUUACUGUCACUGUUCAAUAGCAGAAUGGAAUGACCACACAUGCAGAUCAGUUCCAGCACAUGUGUGCUUACAAAGCAGUUUGCAGAAGAACACUCUGGACUUCUUGGAUUGCUUGCAUGGUGUCAUUAAACAGAAAUGAGCAUUGUAAUGUACCACACUGUAUAGGAAAUAUUUAUGUUCUGUUCAAAUAAAUGAUGUCUUGAUUCUGUUUGGUACAGAUGAAAUGAGUCAUUGCAGUGUUGGGAAGGGAGCUUUGUUUGCACUGUGCCUGAGGCUGUGUGUAAAUGUGUACCUGUGACUUACAGCACUGGAUUAGUGCAAUUGAUCUACCACUGCAAACUGGAACUGUUGCUUAAACCAUCACAAACCAGGGUGACUGUUCCAUUCUCCUGUGCUUUAAUGUAGUUCUAGAAUGCAAAAUCUUAGCACUGUUUUAAACAGGAACACUGUAUUAGUAGCACAUGUGCUCCCAGAUGUAGUUUUAUCUACUCAGUUUAGCAAUCAGGAAUCACAGAGGACAUGCAUACAUUGUUUUACUCCUGUUUUUGGGGUUUGUGGUUUGGAGCUGUGGGAGUGGCAGGUGGAGGCUCUGUAUAGCAAGGUAACAUUCUUGAAGUUAAAUUCCAGAGGUGAUUUUUCUGCUUGAGCUCCAGCCUUACUGGUUUUCCUUCCACAGGAUGGAGCUGCCAUAUCAAUGAGCCUUUUCUCUGUUGUGUCCUCUGUUGUGACACUUGAGGAACCCUCUAUUUGGUGUUCUGUCACAUCUCCACAGUCAGCCAGUGCUCAGUGCUUGCUUACAAUCAGGAUGGUUCAGUAAUAAUAAGCAGUUGUCAUUUCCACUGGUUAAUUACAUACCUGUCUACUUUCUCCCAUUGAUCCAUUUAAUCAGGAGUAGAUUAGUUGCUUCUUCAAAAUUCCUAGUUACUAAUUUCAUGUUGUGUGAAAUAGGAGUAGUGGCUUUAGAAAUAGGAAUACUGGCCUUCCCUUUUCUACAAUGCUGACUUUUCAUACUGCAGUCUAAUUUAUAAAUUAACCUUUUAAAAUUUACACUAUAAACAUAGAUUUUUUUUUUCUUGUUUCACACCAUGUAUUCUUAACACCUAUUUGCACUAUAAGGAAAAAAUAAAAAGGGAAAUUCACAUGAAUGCACUUUAUCUUUUACCUGGAAAUCAAAAUUCCAGUCCAUUAAAGAGUUAAGAAACAAUUAGGCAUUAGAGCUUUGCUACUCUGGGAUAGACUGGGAGUUGUCAGAAUGGUUUAUUAAACUUGAACCUGUUUAUCUUAUGGUGAUGCUUCUGUCGUUGUCAAUAUCAAGAAAUACUGAAAAUCAAAAGAGAGGAAUGUGUUCCUAUAUUCAAGAUAAAUCUUUUACUUCAUGGGACACUGGUCACUCAUAUGGUAACUCUGCCCAUUUAUCUCAGUGUAACAAAACUGAUUUAGCAAAUGUUUUGUAAUGUGAGGGUGGAGAGGCAUAAAUAACAAUGUUAUAAAUUGGUUUUAAAAGGAGACACUACAUCAUAUUUAACAUUACUGAUAAGCAGCUCAGCAACAAAACCACUUCUGCUUUUAGAGCAGGCUAAAAAUAGUUCAAAUGUCAGAUCACUGCUCCAUUUAUGGGUCAUACCCUCCUUCUCAGCCUUGCUCUCCAAGUACAGUCAUGUUGCAAAUUCCUCUGCCCAUUUUAGCUGGCCAGGAAGAUCUUGUAUGCCUCUAAUCCACAGUGAUAUGCUGUAUAUUUCUAAAUUUCCCUUUCUGAUUUUAGAAGGAAAGAUUAUAUAAAACAUGGGAAUGAGAGCUUUCUUUCCAUAUAAAAUGAAAUUGAGAAUGUGUUGGAAGAAAUAGAACUUUUUAUUCCUCUGAAAUUGCUGAGCACCUGCCCUUUUCUGUGAGAGCUCUCUUUCAAGAAUGCUAAUUCAGGAAGAUACUUUUGAAAAGAAUUGUUUAUUGCAAACAGCAACACUUUGCUUUGGAGUUGAAACUUCCUAGCUAAAAUUGUGUGAUCAGGAUUGGCAUCAAUAUGUUCAUCCUGAAUGGCAGUGUGGUAAUUCUUGUGUGGAUAGUACUGUGGAGAUGGGAUGGUGUCUCUGUAAAAUAUUAAUCUCUCAUGGAACAAAGAUCUCUACCAUGCCAAGUCCAGCCCAAUUAAAGAAAAUGCAAUAGCUUUGGGUUUUUGUACUUAAGGGUUAGUGAAGUUAGAGAGGGGGGGAAGAGAGAAGGUGAGAAGCUACUCAUGUUUUACAGCAAGGAACAAAGAUGAAAGUCCAGAUGGACAAAAUGAUGAUACAUGUAAACCUAAAUUCACCUACUCAUACUGAACUGAACCUUUCUUGGCUGAUGAAUAAGUAUAGGAAAGAAAUCUGUAACUAAAAAUAAGAUUGAAAGCAAAAAUAACAUUUUGUAGUUCUUUCUUCAUCCUUUGGCCCUGCAGUGAGACUACAUGUUGAUAAAUGUUGUACCUGGCUCUGCACCUCAGGUCCUGCCAGAAACACUUCAUGAGAGAAUGGUGCACUGAUGAAAAGUGAACAUUCCAUGGAGUUACUUCAAACUUACAAUUAAUGGCAUCUGAAUGCAGAGCUAACAGCCACAAAACAUUGUAUUGUCAUUCCAUUUUUGGGUGCUAAGCCUGUAUUAAAAUUGGACACCCUUCUACAGUAAUUAUGAUGGGUGAGGAGAAUCCAUAAAAGGCCUUGGAGAUGAGAAGCACUGUGUAUAAAAUAAUAAUGCAUGGUUCUGAGCUGAAAAACAAAUUUGUGUCAAAUACAUCUUCCUCCUCCUCCUCAGCUAAGAACAACAGCAGAAAGAGUAUCAGCAAUGUUUAUUUUCAUCAUUUAGAUACUUUCACUGAGCUGCCUUCAGUUGUCCAGAGCUAAUUAAACCUCUGAUGCCAGAA